AUGGGUGACACCACCACAACACCUCAAUCACCGAAAGCCACCUCUCAACCACUUCACCCGGUUUAUUCCGUGACUAACAUCCAACAGAAAGUUCGCAUUCUGGAUGGAGUCAAAGUCUCGUACACAUCGUGGGUUCGCCUUUUUCAGUUACAUGCUCGCGGUUAUCGCGUUAUAGACCACAUUGACGGUACGAAGCUACCCGCUGACACUGAUUCGUCAUAUGCCUCGUGGUUGGAGAUCGAUUCUAUCGUUCUCCAAUGGAUUUACGGGACGCUCUCUGACGAUCUUCUUGCCCGGGUUCUUACCGGCGAGUCCACUGCCCACCAGGCCUGGGUUCGUAUUCAAAAUAUUUUCCACAAUAAUAAAGGGGCUCAUAUCGCUGCUCUAGAACACGAGUUCGUCAAUAUGACCCUUAAGUCCCAAUCCUCUUUAGAAGUCUAUUUCCAGCGCUUGAGGGAACUUGCGGAUCAACUAAAUGACUUGCUGGACACUCCUGUUAGCGACAAGCGACUAGUCCUUCAAAUGGUUCGUAGCCUUCCAUCCGAGUAUGACACAAUGGGGUCGAUCAUUAAUCAAUCCCUACCACCGUGGGAAGAAGCUUGUGAAAUCCUUCUUAAUGAUCAGAAGCGUCGUGCUGCCCGAGAUCUGCUGUCUGGCUCUCCAUCCAUUGCUGCUGCUGCUCAGACUAAUACCAACCCUCCUCCUGCAACCGUUGCCCCACCUGCUCGUGAAAACUCUCGUGACAUCCGUCCUCGGUCUACUCAGGCAAGAAACCGUGGCAGAGGUCGUAACUCAGGCCAAAGGAACACCAAUAAUUACACGGGCUCUCCUUACUACUAUCGUCCCAGCAGCAAUAUGCAUUACCCUUACUGGGCCCCACCUCCCUAUUAG